ACCUCUGCUGCUUCCACUCAAGGCCAAAUUCGCUCUCCCCAUCCUCCUCUCCACCCCCACCGCUACAUCACCCACGCACAAGAGGAGCUCGGCUUGCACCAGUUGCUGCCCCGCGCGCGCGUGCAUGCAGUGCAUGGCGCAGGAGGGCUCAGAGGCCUCAGUUGCCAGCUCGCCGCCGCCUCCCCCGCCGUCGGCCUCCGCGGCGGUGUCCUCCUGGUGGCGCGACAUGCACCUGGCCGCCUACCCAGCCUGGCCGCCCUCUUCUGCGCCACGGUGGCACCCGAUGUCGCCGGCGCCGACCACGCACCACCAGCACCACGUUCGGACGACAUCCUCCGGCGCCGAGGACGACCUCUCGGCCUCCAACGCCACCAUGACGUCCUUCUCCACCAACCACUCCGGCAUCAGCAUGGACUCCUCCGUCCCCGCCGCCGCCGACGUCGCCGCCGAGAGCCACCUAUGGAACCAAGUCCUCAUGGGCACCGGCGGCGAGGUCGGGAGGAGCAUGCAGGCUGUGCAUGACGCCCGCGACUACAGCGAGAACUUCCUCGAGCUGCUCAACUCCAAGACGCUCGCGCCGGAGCUCUUCUCCGAGCCGCCGGCCUGCGACUACCUCAAGAAGAUGGAGUACGGCAGCAGCCACGGAGGCGGAGGCGGCUGGCCGGACCACCACUUCACGGCAGCCGCGCUGGAGAAGCACCUGAGCUCCGGAUACGGCGGCGCGCUCGCGCACCAGCACCAGCACCAGCACCACCACGGGGCGGCCGCCGCGCCGGAGCGGCUCACGGCGAACCUGUCGGACCUGCUGAGCAACUGGUCCAUCGCGCCGCCCAACCCGUGCCUCGGCGAUGCGCACCACCGCGCCGGCGCCGCCGUGGCAUGCGAUAACGCCACGAUGGCCACCUCCAUGGGCCACGGCGCGAAGGCCGGCUUGUUCUUGGACUCCGGCGGCGUCUGCAAGCACGAGAUGGGCGGCCACAGCUCGAUGCUGCCGGAAGCAGCCGAGGGAAGCUGCGGCACCGGAGGCCAAGAAUUCCUCCGGCCCUCGGGGCUAGGGUACAGCGCCAUGAUCGGGCUCAGCAGCAACAUGAUGUACGGCUCCGGAGCCGGCGCCGGCGCCAUGGACGUGCCGUGGGGGAAAAAUGCCGGCUCGGCGAGAAGCCUGUCGGACCUGAUAUCGUUUGGCGGGGCGCUGGGAAAGACUGAGCCGGCUUCCGCGCAGGCGAAGACCGCGGCCGAGUACAAGAAGCAAGGGCGGGAGAUCUCGUCGCCGGCGAAGACGAAUAGUGGCGGCGGCGGCAAUGGGGGCUCGGGGGCAAGCGAGGGGAAGAAGAAGAGAUCGGAGAAGCAGCAGGUGUCGGAGGGGAACGCCAAAAAGUCCAAGAACGAGGCCUCCUCGCCCACGUCGUCGCUCAAGUCAUCGCAGCAGGUUCCAAAAGUGAAGUUAGGAGACAAGAUCACUGCACUACAACAGAUCGUUUCACCAUUUGGAAAGACCGAUACGGCAUCAGUUCUGUAUGAGGCGAUAAAUUACAUCAAGUGGUUGCAUGAGCAAGUGCAGUUGUUGAGUGAUCCAUACAUUAAAACGAGCAGUGGAAAGGACUACAAUCCGUGGGGAAGGUUGGAUAGGAAGGAGAAGUCAGAGGCGGAGAUCGACCUGAGGAGUAGAGGCCUGUGCUUGGUACCGGUCUCAUGCACACCUCAAGUGUACAGGGAUAGCAACAGCCCGGAUUACUGGACGCCCCCAUAUAGAAGCUGCUUAUACCGAUGAAUUGAUUAAUUAUUGCUGUCAUUCGAUUAGUUACAUUACCGAGUGGUAAUAAUUUGUGGUGAAUAUAUUUGCUAAAGAAGACAAUCGUAAUUAGCCGCAUAAGUUUAGAGUUCAAUUUGUGUAACACAAGUUAAUUUAAAUUAAACCCCUUGAUGUAUCUGGUACCGAUACCGCUGUAUUAACUAUUUUUAAUUACUCCAUCUGAGAGUUAUGUGAUCAAUUUAAUCGUGA